GACCUCGUCGUCGAGCUCGCCGAGGCCGUGCUCGCCAACAGGCAGGAGGUGCUGCAGAUCCCUUGGGAGUUCGACCUCGAGAGGGACGUCGGGUACGUCGGGGAGCACCCCCUCCUGGAGAACUCCACCGCCGAGGCCAAGCAGGAGUCGCUGGGCACGGUUCGCGAGGUGCAAAACGGGCUGUCCCCGAACAUCGCCAUCGGCACAGCGUACAUCAAGGACACCAUGCAGCCGCCCGCCCCGCCCUCCGUCUACCGCAUGGGGGGGUCGGUCGGCGGCUUGGACUUCAUGCACCUGAGCGGUGUGGUGAACCCGACGUCCGAUCUGACCGUGUGGCAGUGGCAGAGGAUCAAGUGGUUCGGGGUGAAGACGUGGCUCGAGAUGUGGAUCUCGCGCUAUCCGGACAAGCUGGUCGCCGUGCACUCCCCCGGCGAUGUCCUGUACGGCGGCUGCGACGAGACCACUCUCCAGUACAAGUACGACCAGAUCGUCAACGCCAGCGGAGGCACUCAGAAGAUCGUCCUGGCUGCCGAAAUGUCGCCCUACCCGGAGGACAUGGGCUGGAAGUACAACAUGACUGCGUCGCUGGAGACGCGGAGGCAGGCCGUGCUCUCGAACUUCUCCGUGCCGCAGGACUGGGCGGAGGACUACGCAAACUGCACCGGCACGCUUCACAGCAUCUGCAGCAGUCCGCCCAGGUACCAGUACGCGAACAUGGGCUUCAUCAUGGGCCCCGCGAACGACGUCUACGAGAUGCUCUCCGGCCUCGACACCUACACCGGGCUCGACAACCGCAUGAUCAACGAGUACUUCUUCGACAACCCCGACCUCGUCACCGUCGACUACGCUGGCAGCCUGGUCG